CUGCUUUAGGCUGCCCCUAGAGGAGGUGACCUGUUCAUUUGGGUCUGAGGAUCAACUUUGCAAUUGGAAGAGGUCUUAUUGACAAUCAGGGUCUCUUAUACUAUGCUGUCCAUUACUUAUGGUGCUAAUGUGGACUGUCAUCCAAGAAGGGCCAGAAACUGAGUAAAGCUCAGAAGGCAAAACUGCAGCAAGAGGAGGAGGAAAGAAGGCUCAAAGAUGAAGAGGAAGCACGGCUGCAAGCGGAGAAAGAAGAGCAGGAAAGAUUGGAAAGAGAGAGAAAGGAGAAGGAGCAAGAAAGUCUUGAGUUAAAGGAUCAAGAGCGCAGAGAGGAUGAACUGAAUGAACUGCGCCACCUUCUGGAGGAGAAUCACACUGCAGUAACCAAAUGGCAAACUGAUACUGUGGAGACAGAAAAGUGGGAAAGAUACAUGCGUUGUGAUGAUACCCCAGACCCAGCAGUACAGCAGGAUAUUAACACAUAUAUGAGCUUAUGGAGAGAUGAUCCAGAGGUCGACAUCACAAUUGUGCUCGAGCAAUGCAGACUCGCUCUACAGCUUAUUGAGGAGCUUGAAGUUCUGCUCAGAGAAGCUACACAUCCACAAGAGGGCCAAAAGUACCAAGAGGCUCUCAUAAAUUUACAGGAGCUAAUCCACUUUAAACACAACCUCACCACUGAGGAGAUCCUCAAGAGAGCCAAUGCAAACAUCGACACCGAGACAGGCAACAUGCAGACUGUGGUCAAAGACGACAACGUCACACUGUGCCUCUGGGCCAAUCUCAAGAAGAAUCCAAGGUUUAAAGGUUUAACCUUUGAAGAGGCGGGCCUGGGCUUUGAGAUUCCCAAACAGCUGGCUGUGAGUGACAUCGCCGUGCGGAUACUCCAUACACAUUAUGACCACCUGUCCUUGCUGGCCAGGAUGGCUCACCUGAGAACAUACACGCCCAGUCAUAGGUCUCUUGCAAGUGGUCAAGAGGUAUUAGCUGAUACAGACAUACCUGAGCCAGGGGAGACGGAGGGAGAAGAGGAGGUGAAGGAAGACAAUGAGACGCAGCAGCACCGAGUGGACGAGGAGGUGCACUCUAUCCAAGGGUCUGAAGGGCGGAAGAGUGCAGUCAGCAUGCAGUCGAGGAGAAACAGUGCCCAGCCUGCAGAGGGACGAGGGAGCCAGGUGCAGACACAGAUGGAGGCUCUCGGUGCUGACGGGGACAUGACACCCCCCUCAGUGCAGCUGACAGUGAUGGACCACGGUGUCCAGGUUGUGGAUUUAAUGCAGUACACACCCCUGGGUGGAGUUCUUUACUAUGACGCGUUUCAUCUCCCACCACAAGCCCACCAAGUCAAUGGCUGGGAAAUUAGACAGCUGUUGGACACAGGGCUGCAGGUGUUCCCUCAUCCUUUGGAGAAGACUAGCUUAGAGGACAAUGAAGGGCUUACCUGCCCUCCUGUUGGUGCCUCUGUGACACUGCCUGACUCUGUCGUCUUCUUGGAACCUCCCCUAGUGGCUCGCUGGGAUCCUAGAGGGAAGCAGUGGAGGAUGGACGGCAUCACUGAUGUCUCUUAUGAGGAGGCGGAGUCCAAAAUCUCAUUCAAGAUGGACUCCUUCCAGGCCUUUGUGCUGUUGCAGGAAACUUAUGUCAACCUCCCCUUCCAGAGCUGGGAGCUCAGACCCCUGGGCCAGGACUCAGCUCUUUUCACUAUCAAUGGGGCACUCAUUGACCUCAGCAUCACGAUUCAGGGUAGUCAGUGCAUGUUGCAGUCUGAACAAGAAAGAGGUCUCUCCCACCUCAUCGGGAAGUGGAUGAGUGUUCCUUCCCUGCAGAGAGCCAUGAUCAACGCUGGGAUCAACAUCUUUGUGAAUGAGUACACGGACAAAUACGUCAGCAGCUGUGGCAAGGACCCACUCACAGAACAUGCUGCCUACGAACAGAUGGCCCUCUUCGCCUCUGCUUGCGCUUUCUCUUGGAGCAAGUGGAACGCCAAAUGUGGUGCUGAGCAUCUGGUCAUGCAGGUGUGUGAGCACUGCGGCCCCACUCCUGUACCUCAAAGCUCCUGGAGUCUCUACCUGCUGGGUGCCCAGAGGAGUCAGAAGCUGGAAAUCACUGAGACGAGUGAAGUUUUCUCUCCUGACCAUUAUCCUGGCAGUGAGUUUCACUCCACCUUCAUCCACAUGCUCCAGGACAGCAUGAGCACUGACGGCAUAGCUAGGACCAGAGAAUCCAAUUACCUGUUCGUCGACACAGUACAGACCCUGCUCUGUGCCACCAGACCCCUGAUGUAUUCAUAACCCAUGUAUUGACUAAUGUUGGAAUUAAAAGCAUUUUAAACACC